CAAGCAUGGUCCCUGCACAAUACAUUGCUAUGCAGAGUCUUCACUCUUCACCAUUUUUGCGCUUCUCUUUGUUUUUCCCAUCAUCAAACCAUGACCAUUCCUACCAUCACCUAUAACCAUGCUUUGACCUUCUCUCAUCCUCAUCAAGCAUCACCCCUGUUCCUCACACGCUGCAAAUCCACUAGGAUCACAGUUUCCCGCAGCAAAUAUGGCGGUGGAGGUGGUGGCUCAGCCUUGUCUUAUCAUUUUCGCGUGCUUUGCCAAUCCAAGACAGAGACCGUACAGAUAAGAAAGUGCUCCCCUUUUCUAGAAAGUUCAUUACUUUCCGCUGGUAAUGGUGGUGUGGCCUCAGAUGAGUGGAGAACAGUUCCUGAUAUUUGGAGAUCUUCUGCAGAGAAGUAUGGUGAUAAAAUAGCAUUAGUAGAUCCAUAUCAUGAUCCUCCUUCAACUAUGACCUAUAAACAGUUGGAGCAGGCAAUUCUGGACUUUGCAGAAGGCUUAAGAGUUAUUGGGGUAAAACCAGAUGAGAAGCUUGCACUUUUUGGGGAAAAUUCUUGUCGUUGGCUUGUGACAGAUCAAGGUAUGAUGGCAAGUGGAGCAAUCAAUGUGGUAAGAGGCUCAAGGUCAUCGGUUGAAGAACUAUUGCAAAUAUACAACCACUCUGAAAGUGUUGCACUGGCUGUGGAUAGCCCUGAAUUGUUCAAUCGGAUUGCAAAGAGAUUCUAUUCAAAGACUAGCAUGAGAUUUAUUAUUCUGCUUUGGGGAGAAAAAUCAGGCCUGAUUGGUGAAGAAAACAAGGUGGUGCCUGUCUUUAGUUUCAUGGAAGUCAUAGAUUUGGGGCGAGAGAGUCGCAGGGCAUUUUCUGAUUCUCAUGAUGCUAAGAAGCAGAAUGUUUAUGAAGCAAUAAACUCAGAUGACAUUGCUACUCUUAUCUACACAAGUGGAACCACUGGAAAUCCAAAAGGUGUUAUGCUUACCCAUCGGAAUCUUCUGCAUCAGAUAAGAAACUUAUGGGACACUGUACCUGCUGAAGCUGGGGAUAGAUUUCUAAGUAUGCUGCCACCUUGGCAUGCAUACGAAAGAGCUUGUGAGUAUUUCAUUUUCACACGCGGCAUUGAGCAAGUAUACACAACCGUGAGAAACCUGAAGGAUGAUUUGAAAAGUUAUCAACCAGAAUACAUGGUUUCUGUUCCUUUAGUUUUUGAAACAUUAUACAGUGGGAUCCAGAAGCAGAUAUCUGCUAGCCCCCUUGUCAGAAAGCUUGUUGCCCAAACAUUCAUAAGGGUCAGCUUAGCAUACAUGGAGUAUAAGCGUAUUUAUGAGGGUAAAUGUCUAACAAAGAAUAAGAAGCAACCUUCUUAUGUCUAUUCAUUCUUGGACUGGUUAUGGGCCAGAAUUGUUGCCACAAUAUUAUUUCCAAUUCAUAUUCUGGCAAAGAAACUCGUCUACAGUAAAAUCCAUUCAGCUAUUGGGAUAUCGAAGGCUGGAAUAAGUGGCGGCGGUAGUUUGCCUUCGCAAGUUGAUACUUUUUUUGAGGCAAUUGGGGUGAAGGUACAGAAUGGAUAUGGUUUGACAGAAACUUCACCAGUAAUUGCUGCUAGAAGACCUGGAUGCAAUGUUAUUGGGUCUGUUGGGCAUCCAAUUCAGCACACAGAAUUCAAAGUAGUAGAUUCUGAAACUGAUGAAGAGCUUCCCCCUGGUUCAAAGGGGAUUUUGAAGGUCAGGGGCCCGCAAGUGAUGAAAGGAUACUUCAAGAAUCCUUUAGCUACAAACCAUGCAUUAGAUAGGGAUGGUUGGCUCAAUACUGGUGAUAUAGGAUGGAUUGUUCCCCACCAUUCAAUUGGGCGGAGCCGUAACGCUAGUGGUGUGAUUGUUGUGGAUGGCCGUGCUAAAGACACCAUUGUGCUUACAACAGGUGAAAAUGUUGAACCGACUGUGCUUGAAGAAGCCGCCAUGAGGAGUAGCAUAAUUCAACAAAUAGUUGUUGUUGGCCAGGAUAAGCGGCGUCUGGGAGCUAUAAUUGUUCCUAACAAAGAAGAAGUUUUGAAGGUAGCAAGGGAGUUGUCAAUCAUAGAUUCCAGCAGUCCAGAUGUUGUCAGUGAGGAAAUAGUGAGGAGCCUAAUAUAUAAAGAAUUGCAGAUCUGGUUGUCAGAGUCUCCAUUUCAAAUUGGACCAAUCCUUCUUGUAAAUGAACCCUUCACGAUUGAUAAUGGCCUAAUGACACCCACCAUGAAAAUUCGAAGGGAUAGAGUUGUGGUUCAAUACAAGGAGCAAAUUGACAAUCUAUACAAGUGAACCCCCACUAAUUUAUAAAGUCUAUAAAUAAAUAGGCCCUUUAAUAUAUAUAUAAUAUGUAAUUUUAUGACACAUGUAAUUUUUAUUUUUCAGCUUUUAAUAAUAUUUGACUUGAAUUCUACAAUUUGAAAAGAAAUAAGUGCAUGUUUUGAAUGUCA